AUGUCACGAAAGAAACUAGCGCCCUUUCCACCGAUCCCACCGAAGGACGCUCCUGGUGACACAUCCCACGCCACUGAGGUGCCGCAAACUGGUCCUUCACCAGCCGCCCGGCCUCCUUCACUGAUACCAGCACCAGCGCCAGCACCCGCACCUGCGUCGGUGCCGGUGCGGGUGCCGGUGCCUGUGCCAGUCCCUGUGCCGAUGCGGCCGCUGCAGCCAACGCCAGUGCCAGCACUUCUCCCGGAGGAGGCCUGCCUUCUUGACCAUCGUCCUUUACCAGAACCAGUGGUGUAUGGCCCUGAUGGAGUCUGGAUGGAGGUGUCCUUUCUGAACCAAAACCGAAAGCAGUCAAGCUAUCGGACGACUGCAAAGUGUCCAGCCAAGCAGUGGAAGAGUGAUUUGAUUGGGCGUCCAAUCCUCGAAUCCACCGAGACGUUGCUGACACGUGCGAAGCUGGUUGGUCAUCCAAGGAAUGGGAUGCUAAAUCCACAAGGUGAUUUUGCGGUGCCCAAGCGAUGCUCUCACCCAGUACCAAAGAUUCUGCACUUCAUUUGGCUUUGCUCGCCGCUGACCGACGGGAGGGCAGAUCAUGUUCGGGGAUUUGCCAAGAACAACCCAGAUUUCCAGAUUUUCUAUUGGACUGAUUCGGAGAUUCCUGCGAGUGCUCGCAGCAUCCUGGAGACCGCCAGGAACACACUACCUAUCGAGGUGAAGGAUGCUUACUCUGAGGCACAAAGUUUUCAGUCAUGGGAAAUGAUCCAGUACCUGGACAAGUUUCACAAUGACAACAAGAAUCCAGGCAUUUGUGCCGUAAAGUCUCACUUCUUCAGAUUGGAGGUGGCUUUGAUGAAGUUGGGGGCGAAUUGUGGCGAUGGCCUUUUGUAA